CAAUUAGGGGGUUAUUUAUUGUCACUUUACUGAAACAUUGUUAGCCGCUUUUAGCCCAUUUUUAUUCGGCUAUGUAGAGCGGUAUUACGCGGUGGGGAAAUCCGUCAGUGUGAUGUCAAAGCCUGUGGACAGUCGAGAGGCGGAUCUGAAGGAGCCCAGGACGUCCACCACCUCUACAGCGUGUCUGAGCAAAAUGAAACAUGGAUGAGGAGGUCGCCGAAAGUUGGGAAGCUGCUGAUUGUGGGGAAAUGGAAAAACAAUUAGAGGAGACGCUAAGGAUCAGCCAGAAAGAAAAGGAGUCCAGUAAUAAUUCCUCGCAAUCUCCAUUGAAGACAACCAUGGUGAUACAGGACGACUCUCUACCAGCAGCACCCCCACCUCAGAUACGCAUUUUGAAGCGGCCUACAAGUAACGGGUCAUUGGGAUCACCCUUGAAUCAGAAUAGGCCUACACCACAGGUCAAGUCUCUGGCCCAGCGGGAAGCAGAAUACGCAGAGGCCAGGAAGAGAAUACUGGGCAGCGCCUGCCCCGAGGAGACAGCUCAGGACAAACCCAACACUGAUAGGGCAGGGCGUAAUAACUCUACAUUGCCUUCAGAAGACACCCGAUCAAACAAUCAAACGGUCCGGCAGCCAGCCGGCCCAGAUGGCACCCAGGGGUUCCGACAGCACAGAUAAGUGGGUCCUGGAGGCCGCCCAGCCUUUGAGGGGAGAGAGAGAUCAAGGGCCACCAGAGAGCAAAUACAGCACUGUAUUCUUAAAACUUCCUUCAGUUCCAUUAUAUCGGAUGGGCCGGGAGUACAGCCACGCUGCUGCUCAGCUCUCCCCACUAGCAGUGACGGGGAGCAAGGAACUCCAGGAGCAAGUCAAAUGGAAAUGUGCUCUCUUCUCUCCCCACUCCAGUCUGUUUGACACUGUGAUUAUGAACAUCUUCUGGACUCACUGUGAUGAUCCCUUUAAAAGACGCCCUACGGCUCCAUCUCUCUCCUCCAGAAGCAAAGACUUAAACUAAGGAUGGCAGAGAGAGAAGGGGAAGUGACAGGCCAUCGCAAAAUAACAUGAGCUGGAACUUGGGCAGCAGCUUCUCCUCAGCAAUAAUACCAGACAUCACUUCUCACCUUUUUACAUUUUUUUUUAAUUUUCAGAUGUUGGCUCACAACAUUUUAAUCUUUUUGUUUUUCUUGCUCGUCGUUGUCUAUAGUCUGAUAAUCUGAUAUCUACUGAGUACAGAUAAAUUUACUUCACAAUAUACAUACACCACCAAGAACCUGUUCAUGAAAACAGUAUCCAAUAUCGAAAUUUUUUUUAUAAACUAUAUUUACAGUGUUUAUGAAAUAGGAAGCAUUCACAUUUCUAUUAGUGAUAAAAUAGCCUCAAGAUACUAUGCUUUGUCCUUACAGUUUAAACACCCACACCGUGCACAGCACCUUGUGGUGUCAUGUCCCCAACUGUUAACUCACCACUAAAGCUGCGUACCUAACUGGUACCUGCCCAGUAACUGAGCUGUAAGCAUUAUCUGUGCACCCCUAAUAUGUAAAUCGCCAUUUGUUUUUUAAAACUGAGAGUAAGGGUCACACGUCAAGUUGUAUAUCUGACAAGUUCUGUUUACUUUUUGUCUUCUGUUUUUUUUAAUGAGGCUUUUUAGCGGUCUUCUGUGGACUCUUACAUUAUUUGUAUUUAAAAGUUAAAGCAAAAAACAAAGACAAAUGAAAAGGUGAUUGUGGAUUUAAGUCUGUUUUUAAGUUGUUCUUUUUCUGCCUUUUGAGAUGUCAGCAGUAUUUUAAUUGAAAUGAACCAAAAUCCCAUUUUAAAAUCAACCUGUGUGUAUAUAUAUACAGUAUAUCGGUUAAUACAGUAGUCAUUAUUUGAAGGUGGUUUUGGCAGCAACUCAAGGGAGGGUCAGACAAGGAAAUGAAUUUUUCUGCUGUAAGCCUCUUCGUCAUAUUUCCACCUCGUCAGCGGCGUGCUCGUUUCUUCAUGUCCUUCACUGACGCACAGUACGCAGGAACUCAGGUGCAAGUGAACGAGACUGAAUGAAUGAAAUGAACUAAGAUUGUAUUUUUCCAGCGGGUUCGAUUGCUCAAGCAGCAAAUGUCCGUAUUUAAAGCUAGAGCUGGCACUUUGUUAGAAGCAGUGCUAUACAGUGAAAUUUAUCUGAAACAAUGUCUACGUCCCAAGAAUGAAUGCCUUUUUUUUUUUUUAACAUCACCCUGUGUGAUUGUUCAGUAACUGAUGGUUCUCUGCUGAAAUGGAACGUGGAGACGCAGCUGUCUGUGAUCCAGAGCGGUAGUUACUACCUGUAUGACCAGGACCAUUGUGCCCAAUAGAUGUUCUUUAAUUGUUCAAACAGAGAAGGGAUCUCAAUAAAGCCAUAUUCAGUGGUGCACAUCAUCAUCAAUAGAAAUGUUCUUCUAAUGGUUGAAUUCAGCUUGUGCCUCCUGUAUCACAUCUUUACUUCCUGGUUGUUACUGUAGCUUAAGAAACUGACUAUAUCCCAGAGAGAAUACACAAUACUGGCAAAAGAUUUUAGUUCAGGAAAUAAAGCAGCAGAAUAGGAGACAA